GCAAAAAUCGAGUUGGUGCACCUUCCUCGUUGUUUUGGUAAAAAUCACGUUCCGAAUUUAGAAAUCGCCGGAAAAAGAAACCUUGCCAAAAUCUAGCACCGGGAUUUUUCAUGGCAGCUUUCUGCUCGGUAUCUAGGGUUGUUCCUCGUUCCUUCCUGCGAUUUCCAGCUGUUCGUGGUUUGCGAAUGUCUUCGGCACGGGAGCAGUCGGAGAAGGUGUUGGAAGAGAUGAAGGAGAAAAAUCCAUAUUUCGACAAGUACGCCAGCAAAAUCGCUGCCGUCCAGCAACGCGCUCCGGAAGAAUUUCUCUCUCGUCUGGACAAGGUCGAGAAGGAACAAAAGAAACCAAAGUUCGGAGCGUCGGAAGCGGACCGUGACUAUUCCGAGCUACUCAAACCCAAAGCUCCUCUGGCAACAGAAGCAACCCGGGAUGGUUCCCAACGCAAACUGAGUGACAUCAUGCGGUUGGAGCUGGUAGAGGAUAAGUCGGCCGAUGAUAUCAAACACUUAUGGCUGGAGUAUCACAAGAAUAAGGAAAUGAUUACAGCGGUUAUCCCCGUCGAUCAGCACAGUCUCAUGAUGCAGCGUGCCAAACAGCAUCCGAUUUUCAUUCUCCCGAUUCCGCGCAGUCAAGGAUACGAAUUUAUAAUGCUUCAGUUUGCAGGCAACACAAUCCAUUUUACACCGUUAUUGAAUUACCAGGUUCACAAGGAAAAUGCACCAGAAUGUUUAAACAUUACUUUCUACACAGAGUGUACCGAUAAAGGUGUCGUUUUAAUGCGUGGAGAGUACGACACGAAGGUGAUAAAUGCCCAGGAAGCACAAUGUCUAGCUAACCAGGUGCAGCUGUACUACAGUCAGAACAACGAAAAGAAGCUGGGACUAUUGGAAACAUUUAGCCGCCAACCGGAGAAGUUCAAACACAUGGAUAUCAUUGAAGAAUUGAAUAAUCUUCAAAUUUAAAGCCACAUCAUCCAGUAUGCAUGCAUAGACUGGGGUCAAUGUAAUUGACAUAUAGGAAACUUAAAAUAGAUCGUCAGAAAAUGUGGAUCCCAUUGUGUCGUCUGGUGUUAAAUAGAACGGUGGCGCCUUAUCUCCCAUCCACGUUUGGUUCAUUCCGCUAUUGUGGUGCAGGCGUCGUGUUCGAUGAGUAAAAAUCAUAUCCAUCGGUGUAUCUUCAACUUGGGUAGGAAAAUCGAAAUUGUAGUCCAUCCUUCUUGCUGAACCAUUUAUCGGUGAGUCAUCAUCGUCAAGCAGCUCAUCCAGCUUAGCGAUCAACGAGUCAUCGGUUCGAGUUUGAUCAAAGAAAAACGACCUUUCUUGGAACAAACUGUUCGCUGGAAUUGUCGCUACCGCUGGCGAAGGCGGAGAAGCUGUCUGCAUAGGGAAAAAGUGAAGAUGUUGUUCUUUAUCGAUUACAAGAAAAGCAAUCAAACAAUCUUUUGAACCUACCAGCAGGAUUGCAUCCUCUGGCGAUGCCAUGACGGAGUUUUGAGUCGGAGUAUCAGUAACAUCGAGAAAUGAGAGCUUUGGGUUCCGAUAGGUAGGUAGCAUUGGAGUGGUUACAGCGGUAGUAAAUUUAUCAGUACAUCGUGGAUGAUUCUCCGCUGGAUCCACAGAAGAUAA